AUGGACGAAACUCAGCCUUUACUGCAGGAUGCGCAUCUAGUGUUCAACGAGAGACCAGACCAAGCCUCGAUCAAGGAUAUCGUGGACUUCCACCCGGAUGGCGACGAGGAGAACCCACUGGAAUGGCCGCAGGUGUAUAAGUGGGCGAUCGUGGCCCUGCUCGCCUUGAUGGCGUUCACCGUAACAUUUACGUGCAUCUCCGUUGUGCCCGUCGCAACGCGUAUAGUGGAUGAUCUUGACCACGGCCAUUCUAGCAAAUCCGCUAGCGUGCUGCUGGUAACCAUUUGGGAGCUUGGCGAAGCUGCCGGACCCCUGCUUAUCGCGCCGCUGUCCGAGGUCUUCGGCCGGUACCCUGUCAUGAACGUUGCUAACGUGCUAUUCAUCACCGCGACAAUUCUCGCUGCGUUGUCCCAGAGCACAGCCCUGUUUAUCGCCGCAAGAACUCUAACAGGUCUCGCAGUGGCGUCCAAUGUGCUCAACCCCGCUAUCGUAGGCGAUAUCUUCGCGUCGGAGCAGAGAGGCUCAGCUAUGAGCUUUAUCCAACUGGCGCCGCUAAUUGGCGGAGCCGUUGGCCCUGCUAUCAGCGGGGCUAUCGCCGAAACUAUGGGCUGGCGCAGCACAAUGUGGAUGUGUGUGAUACUGGCUACCACGUGCGAAGUGAUCUUCCUGACGUGCUUCCGCGAGACGUAUAAAGUCGCGAUUCUAAGACGCAAGGCGGCGAGACUCCGAGUCGAGACUGGAAACGCUUCCCUUCGAACCGUGUUUGACGCGGAUGAUGGCUCGAGAUCCGACAAGUUAUGGGGCGCCAUCAUUCGCCCCUUUUCCGUAUUAGCGGGCUCGGGCGUCUUGCAGAUGCUAUCGCUGUUCGGUUCUAUCACUUUCACGUGGUUUUACAUUAUCUGCACGACUCUUCCCGACAUCGUGGAGUCCUUUUAUAGCCUGUCACCUGCGGGUGCCGGAUCCGCGCUCAUCAGCUUCAGCAUCGGCUCCGCUGUAAGCGUAGCACUCUGCAACCAGACUCUAGACAGAAUUUACGUCAAGCUUCGCGACCGCAAUAAGGGGGUCGAGCAACCGGAAUACCGUCUGCCCUUAGUAAUCGUCGGUGGGUUUACCUUACCUCUGGUCGCCGCGUGGUACGGAUGGAAUGCGCAACUGCGCGUUCCGAUCGUAGUACUCCUCAUCUCCGUUGCAUUCUUGGGCGUCACGCUUAUGCUGGGAUUCCUGCCGCUCUAUGCAUAUGUCGUAGACGCUUUUGGGCUGUAUGCCGCCUCUGCCAUGACCGCGGUGAUUGUCACAAGGUGCUUGGCAGGUACAUUCCUACCGUUAGCCGCCGCGCCCCUUGUAGAUAGGUUUGGGUAUGGUAUAGGCUUGUCAAUGUUGGGAGCAGGAAGCCUUCUUCUAGCACCGAUCCCGGUGCUAGUUUUGAGAUAUGGCUCUAAAUGGCGGCAAGGCUCCAAGUAUACUAGAGACGAAUGA